UCUGGGCUGUGUUCUAGAGGUCCCUUAUUUAUAGCACUUCCACCAGGGAGGGGAAGCCAGGAGGCUGGUGGGACACAGCUGCUGUCCCUGGCUGGCUGCAGGGAGAAGACAGGGCUGGGACAUACAGAUAGUUCUGCCUGGAGAUGCCGAAGGUGGGACAUGUUAUGAAACCCUAGUCAUCAGCUGUCAACCACGCUGCGGGGAAGUGGGGAGAGGCCCUGGGAGGGCCCACAGCCUGCUUUCAUCACCUGCAGACCUACAGCAAGGCACAGUUCUGCACAGGAAAUGGGCCUAAAAAUGACUCCAGGGAAAGUUGCAUCCUUUGUCCUACAAGAGAGGUCACCGAGAGGCUGCUGCCACCAUGACAGAGCGCUUUGACUGCCACCACUGCAGGGAGUCCCUGUUCGGCAGGAAGUACGUGCUGCGGGAGGAGAACCCCCACUGCGUGGCCUGCUUUGAGGAGCUGUAUGCCAACACCUGCGAGGAGUGUGGCAAGCUCAUCGGCUGUGACUGCAAGGACCUGUCCUACAAGGAGCGGCACUGGCACCAGGGCUGCUUCCGCUGCUCGCAAUGCCGAGGCUCACUGGUGGACAAGCCCUUCGCUGCCAAGGAGGAGCAGCUGCUGUGCACCGACUGCUACUCCAACGAGUACUCGUCCCGCUGCCAGGAAUGCAGGAAGACCAUCAUGCCAGGGACCCGAAAGAUGGAGUACAAGGGCAGCAGCUGGCACGAGACCUGCUUCGUUUGUCACCACUGCAGGCGGCCGAUCGGGACACAGAGCUUCAUCCCCAAGGACAGUGAGAACUUCUGCGUGCCCUGCUACGAGCAGCAGCACGCGCCGCAGUGCGUGCAGUGCCAGAAGCCCAUCACAGCGGGCGGUGUCACCUACCGGGAGCAGCCCUGGCACCGAGAGUGCUUUGUGUGCACUGCCUGCAAAAAGCCGCUAUCAGGCCAGCGCUUCACGGCCCGAGAUGACCUUGCCUAUUGCCUGACCUGCUUCUGCGAGCUGUACGCCAAGAGGUGUGCCGGCUGCACGCACCCCAUCAGCGCAGGACUCGGUGGCACAAAGUACAUCUCCUUCGAGGAGCGGCAGUGGCACAACGACUGCUUCAACUGCAAGAAGUGCUCGCUGUCCCUGGUGGGGCGGGGCUUCCUCACGGAGAGGGAUGACAUCCUGUGCCCCGACUGUGGGAAGGACAUCUGAGGCUGCGCUGGCCUCGCUGUUAGCCCUCAGUCCUUCCUCCUGCGCAGUUCAGCCCCGGAAGAGCGCGCCUAAUUUAACCUGGUAGAAAGGCAAUUUAGAGUUUCUGUAGUCACUAAGGCAAACCCUGUGCAAAACUCCUUUGCAAUGAUGUCUGUUCACAUACCUUUCUUCACUGCCUCUGUAAGUAUGAGUGACAGCGGCCCACUGACAGUGUCCCGGCUGUCCCAGUCAGGAAGAGCAGCCCUGCAGCUCUGUGACAUGAAGCCCAAAGCAGGAUGAUUGACUCACAGUAAAGCUGCUCCCCACAAACGCUUUGCCAGGCCCUGUGUGAUAACCAUGGAAUGCUGGGUCUGCAGUCUGGUGCCUGCUCACAGUGAUGGCCAGCCCUGGAUGCGGCCCGGGCUGUCGAAACCCCUCUGCCCCAGCUGGUCACAGCACAUCCUCGGCGGGAACAUACCUUUCCUUGCAGCUUUCUCUCCUUUUUUACAUGCAGGCUCUGUCUCUUGGCGGGGGGGUCAACAUUGGUGCAGUGACCUUUGCUCCCACAUGUGGACAGCACCUCCAGGCUAAGAACAGGAAAGCUCAUUUGGGGCUCAUGGAGCUGGGCCAGUCCUCACCUGUCUUCUCUCCCACAGAGUGAAGGGUUACAGGACACAGGCCAUUUGAAGCCAGAGAACUAUCUGUAGCUCUUUGGGGACUGCUAAAUUCCAAGUUGCCUGUGCUGGGCUCCAACUUGGGACGCUUCUGUAUUAGCCUCCCGAAGUAUUACAGGAAGUACUUGCUCUGUUUUUUAAAAAGGUUGCGCUGGAACACAGCCAUGCUUUUUCAUUUACACGCUGGCCUGCCCACAAGGUCUUUUCCUGUCGCCUUGAUGGAGAAAACCAGCCAACCCACCCUGCUCUGUGUCUUGACCUGAGUUGUAGUUACAGGAGAGGUCAGGGGUGUGUGUUUGUGUGUACUACACAUACAGAUUUUCACUGAGUUGUACAAGUUAAAAACUUUAUUUUUCAUGUUUAGUAAAUUUAUUUUAUUUUGCACGCUUUAAUUUCAGAACAAAAUAAAGAGUAAGAGAAUACACAACACAUCCAACUCAAUAAAUUUAAAGUACGUGUUUUAUGCUUUA